UCCUUAUCGAUAAGAGGCGCGCUAGUCCCGAUGUGGUCGGCAUGAAGUGUCCCGCCUUUCAAGUUGCGAUCCCCGCGUUCGGGCGUCACCAGAGCAGCGUGUUUGUAUCUAUAUUAUUCUUAUCGUCCUGCGCAAAUAUUAGCAAACGAGGUUUCCAGAAGCGGGGAGUUCUGUUUGGAUAAUAUUCUCUCUAUACGUACUGGGUACUGUGGUUUCCCAUCAUGCGCAUGAUAAAAAGCAACAUUGAGCGUGACGGCUCCGGCUCCGUUACGCUCUAUCCCGAAGAGCCAGAGGACAUGUGGCACGCAUAUAAUUUAAUUCGACCUAAUGAUCUCCUGCGAGCCAGCGCAAUCCGUCGCGUCACGCAUACAUCCGACUCGGGCUCGACGGCCUCAUCGCGGGUGCAUCUGACGCUGGAGAUCCGAGUCAAGAACCUCGACUUUGACCCGCAGAGUUCGCAACUGCACGUCUCGGGUCAGAUCAUGAACGAGACGCAGCAUACGAGGGUUGGGCAACAUCACACGCUGGAUCUGGAGUUGAAUCGCAACUUCACGCUGGUGAAAGAGGUGGGCGCGGAGGGCGAAGGCGUGGGAUGGGACAGUGUGGCGAUCGAUAUGCUGCGCGAUGCGGUGGAUGAAGGAGGGAAUCGACGAGCCGAGGCGGUCGCUGUCGUGAUGCAGGAGGGAGUGGCCCAUAUCUGCUUCAUCGGCCAGUUCCAGACGAUCCUGAAGCAGAAAGUCGAGAUGUCUAUUCCGCGCAAAAGACACGGCGGAAGCGAUCACGACAAAGGCCUGUCGAAGUUCUAUCAAGUGACGCUGGAUACGUUAUUACGGCAACUCGACUUCAACACCAGCUCGACGGCUACGGCCAGCAACGAGGCUGUGAAACCGAUCCUGCUGGCAUCGCCUGGGUUUGUCGCGGCGGGCUUCCAGAAACACAUCCAGUCGGUUGCGUCGACGAGUGUGCCGGCGCUGAAGCGUCUGCUGCCCAGCAUCGUGGUGGUGCACUCGGCGUCCGGGUAUCUGCACUCGCUGUCGGAAGUGCUGCAGUCGCCCAGCGUGAAGACGCUGCUGGCGGACACCAAGUACGCGCGGGAGAGCAAGCUGAUGGACGAGUUCCUGGAGCAUCUGCGCAAAGACACGAACAAAGCGACGUACGGCGCCCGCGAGGUGGAACAUGCGGUCGACCAGGGCGCCGUGGGCCGCGGCGGUGGCGUGCUCAUCAUCUCAAACCGACUGUUCCGGGCGCAGGAGGUGGGCGAGCGUAAGCGCUGGGUUGGGCUGGUGGACCGGGUGCGUGAGAUCGAGGGCGGCGAUGUGCGCGUGCUCAGCUCAGACCACGAGAGUGGGAAGCGACUGGAUGGGCUGGGGGGCGUGGCCGCGCUGUUGACGUUUCCCAUCGUGGACGAUUUCCAAUCGGACGAGGACGAGGGGGACGAUGCGGGGGAGGGGAUGGUGAUGGCGAACGGGCAGGAGGUGACAGUCUCGUAGGAAGAAGGAGGAAAUCCCAAUAAAAGGCGCAUCACGUCGUAAUCCCUUGGCUGGAGCAGAGGAGAGUACGGAAUAGAUACUCAGUAAGUACGUAUAUACAUGAUGAACCCCUGCGGCCACGUUGUUGGGGGCGAGAAUCACCGCGGUGAAGAAAGAGACCAUGCAUCGAUCAUCUGUCUGGUCAUAAUAUAGUAGUAUAGUAUUGGUAGUAGUCAUAGUUGCAGACGACCAACUAGGUAGUUUACUAGGUAGCUACGAUAUAUUCCUCUUUUGGAAACCAUCACGUCC